GAUGUUUUGAUAGAAGAAGAGGAGGAGUAUUCUGUAGAAGAGACAAUCCUCCCCGCUUCAUCCUCCUCAUCCCAUCCGUCAUCAUCCUCCACCUCCAACCCUUCUUAUUCAUCCAGAUCCAAACCUACUUGUUCAUCCAGUCCUGGUCCUAGUCAAACCUCCUCCAGGGCGGAUACAGAGAAGGUGGAGUCCAAGGUUAGGGCAGAGCCAGAGGGUGCUAAAGGGGCGAAUGAGGGAGAGAAGGCGAAUGAUCCGUAUCAGAAUGCUAUCGAUGGUUACAGAACCUUGGCACACUCUCAAUUCAGUACUGAAGGACAGGUAGAGAAAAAUAUCCCGUUGACCGGCAGUAGUGGAGCAGGAAGAUCAGCUUCAGCCAACAACAGUAUACUUGAUGAUUCCACCUCUUCUAAGGAUGAAGAGUGGGAGAAAAAGAUAGAAACCUACGUCCAGCCCACACGAAAAUCCUCCACCGAUCUCUCGGACAAAAUGCGACUCAAACUCGCAAGUUUUGAGGAGAACAAAUCUGCGAAACCGGAGACUGUAACGCGGGUUAUCGAACCAGAUAACUCCUUCAGGGAUAAACUCAAAGCAUUCAAGAAUAUAGAAACAAGUGCUGGAGAAACUUCAAUGCUUCGACGAGACUCUGAACCUAGUCUUGUAUCCAAGCUGCCGGGAUACAAGUCCUACAGAUCAUCCUCCUCGUCUGCCCUCAUGAACACUUUUCAAAAUAAUAAAUUUUUUCAACAAAGUAACUCUCUGAGUAGUGAGGGGGAUGGUGAGGAUAACAUUGCUCUGGAUGAUGCACUUGAAGAGAGCUUCUCCCAGCUAGAGGAGAAAACUAAACCUGUAUUCAGGGCGGAAGAUUUUAUUCCCAGUACUGAACGCCUGGCUCCGCCGUCAGAGAAACCUCCGCCUCUACCCCCUGUUCCGCCACCAAUGAUUGAGGAUGAGGUUCAAGAGGAUGAUUUAGCUCAGCAGGAGAGAGAGAUUAUAGAAAGUCUGGAAAGAGAGGAGACAGCAAAAAAGAAAAGAAAUGAAUUUAAAGGAGGUUCCCCUGUUAAAUCCGUUCAAGAUGAGGUAUUGUCUGUGUCAACAAAACCAUCUCAAUUAGUAAAACAACAAACUGAAUCCUACUCCCAAUCCAUCACUCAGUACACGCAACAUAGCCAGACAAACUCAUAUCCUUCAUCUAAAACGCCAGCCAUCUUGGAGAAAAAUGGUGGGAACAGUGUUCAUCAGAAUCGGUCGUCUUCCACAACUCAGGAUGACCGGAUUUUGGCGGGAAAAUCUCAGAUUGGGUUCCCUUCUCGAAGCCAAGGACUUGGUUCCCCCCAAGAAUCUGAUUUACAGACUAGAAGGAAGGGGGAUGGAGUUUCUGGGUCUAAGGAUUAUAAUCAACACUGGCUGAUUCAGGAGGCAGAGCAAAGAAGAAUUACAGAAGCACAACAGAAACAAAAUCAUCCAGCAUCCAAACCAGCUGUUCAAGGGAUGAAUAAAAGUGUUGGAAUGAAUCACAAUUCUGGAAUGAGUCCAGUUAUGAGUGGGAUGAAUAAUAAUGCUCGGAUGAGUCCAGUCAAGGCAGGGAUGAGUCCUGUUAUGAACUAUGGAUCCGGGAUGAAUGGAUCAGGAAUGAAUGGAUUGCUCCCUGUAACGGAGAAUAUCUACGCGAAUGUUGAUUCAACCCAUAUACCUUACACCAGAAACCAAAGUGUUUACGGAGCUCCUAUUUCUCCUCCUCAUGUCGGAGGAGUUGCGCCUCCGCCCCCGCAAGGUGUCGGAGGUGGUCCCCAGGUGCCUCCGAGAGGAGGGGAUGGACAAGAACGAGUGCUGAGUGUGAGUGGGAAGAAGAAAUGUUCCGCCUGUAAAGAAGAACUAGGGCGUGGUGCUGCGAUGAUAAUUGAAAGUUUAGGAAACAGAUUUAAGAGUACGUUAUCUAUGUACAGUGUACAGCUGGGAAAUGGUGAACAGGGUACAGAUGUAAGAGUACGGAAUAACCGACUUCAUUGCCAGAAUUGUUAUUCUAAUGACGAAGGCUUGAAAUUCAGCAAGGUCUGAGAUAUUGUAAAAUUAAGAAUUGGAGUUUUAAUUUUUAUAUUAAGAAGCUAUUCAAACUUAACUUUUUUAU